CAAAAACUUGAGAAUUCUGUGAUGUAUUUUGCAGUGAGUCUUUUCUCGUGAUAUUUCGUUUUCUUAAAAAUAAAUUAAUAUGAGAUAUCCUCCGAUCCUAUCAAUAUGGCGACGUGCUAGGUCGACCAUCAGAAGGAUAGGGUGUGUGCCAACGCUGUAAUUUUGGUAGUGGUUAAGUUUUUUGAAGGAUGGCCACACCGAAUCGCCCUAAGUCUCCGCGUCCUGGAACACCAAAGAGUGAUCGAGAAGAAUCUUUCUGGGAGAAAAUUGGAACGCUCGGAAGGAAGAAAAGCAAAGGAAAAGACCCUCACGAAAUUGAAGAGGAAGGGAAGUAUGCCCUCGACUCUGCGGCUACUCCAGUUGGACGUGACUGGUCCCCUGAAGACUAUGAACUUGACGAAAAUGAAGAACGCUCCAUGAUCGAGCCUCAUUCGCGGGACGAUCAUCGGUUGAAAGAACUGUGCGACGUCUUGAUCGAGUGGAUCAACGAUGAGCUUGCACCACACCGUAUUAUAGUGCAGGAUGUCGAAGAGGAUCUGUACGAUGGCCAAGUUUUCCAAAAACUUCUCGAAAAACUUUCAAACGUGAAGCUAGAUUGCCCGGAGGUGACGCAAUCCGAAGAAGGCCAGAAGCACAAACUUCGCGUUAUUCUCUCUGCUGCCAACAAGAUCCUGGGCAUGCCAAGAGGUGCCAAUCACAAAUGGAGCGUCGAAAGGAUUCAUUCGAAAAAUCUCGUCUCCAUUCUUCAUCUCCUUGUCGCACUCGUCCGCCAUUUCCGAGCUCCAGUGAAACUCCCGGAGAACGUCGUCGUCAACAUACUUGUUGUUCGGAAAAAAGAUGGCAUUCUGGUGCAUGAAAUCAUUGCUGAAGAGAUUACCGCUCGAUAUGACGACCUGGGUAUGAGAGGUGAACGUGACGCGUUCGACACUUUAUUCGACCACGCACCGGAUAAACUGGUGGUCGUAAAAAAGUCGCUGAUCGCAUUUGUCAACAAGCAUUUGAACCGCAUAGACAUGGAGUUGACUGAUCUGGAAGGACAGCUGAGUGACGGAGUAUUUCUCGUCUUGCUGAUGGGUUUGCUGGAGAACUAUUUCAUACCCUUGUUCGCCUUCAACAUUUCCCCUCAAACCUUCGAUCAGAAAGUGCACAAUGUCGCCUUCGCGUUUGAGCUAAUGCAAGAUGCUGGCUUGCCAAAGCCAAAAUCUCGUCCUGAAGAUAUCGUGAAUGGAGACGUGAAGUCGACCCUGAGGGUCGUCUACAACCUGUUCUCCAAAUACAAAGGAUCGGAGUGUGUGUGGUGCUUCUUCGCGAGUGCCUCGUGCUUCCCUAAUCCCAGUCCGUUCGUCAUGCGUUCAUUAAUAGACGUGCUGUGUGCUUUGAUUGUGCUUGCUGUGACUGACAUUGUUGCUGUUGAUGUGCGACCUCACAUCAUCGUUAUCCUAGCUGAUGACUUGGGUUUCAACGACCUCAGCUUUCGCGGAGGAUCACAGAUCCCUACCCCGAAUAUUGAUUCCCUGGCGUACAGCGGGAUAAUUCUCAAUAACUACUAUGUCCAGCCAAUGUGCACGCCUUCGAGAGCAGCCUUACUGACUGGGAAAUAUCCGGUUCAUACUGGAAUGCAGAGUUACGUGAUUGUGAAUGGCGAGCCCUGGGGCCUUGGGUUGGAAGAAAAAGUGUUGCCAGAGUACCUGAGAGACCUUGGUUACCAAACCCGCGCUGUGGGGAAGUGGCACCUGGGCUUCCAUUGCCCUGAACACACCCCUACUCACAGAGGGUUUGAGUCACACUUCGGCUACUGGGGAAGCCAUGAAGACUACUACAAUCACUCUGCCCCAGAUAAAGACUAUCCUGUUGGCUAUGACUUGAGGAGAAACAUGGAUGACGUGAGCCGACAUCAUUUGGGGGAAUACGCAACUGACUUGUUCACCCAAGAAGCAGUAGAUGUCAUCCUUUCACAUGAUAAAGCGACUCCAUUGUUCCUUUAUUUGGCUCAUUUGGCACCUCAUGCUGGUUCUCCAGAAUCUCUGCAAGCCCCAGAAGACUUGGUGGGAAAAUUUGAUUUCAUCAAGGAUGAGAAGAGGAAGAAAUAUGCUGCUAUGCUGACCAAGCUAGACCAGAGCAUUGGUCUGACAAUACAAGCACUUGAAGAAGCCAAAAUGCUGGAAAACUCUGUGAUACUCUUCUCUACUGACAAUGGUGGAACGCGGAGUGUCAAUGAAGGCAGUGCUGGAUCAAAUUUCCCUCUGAGAGCUGAAAAAGGGACAGUGUUUGAAGGUGGAACAAGAGCAAAUGGAAUUCUUUGGAGCCCCAUGUUGAAAAAGAAGAACAGAGUUUCCAACCAGUUACUUCACAUAACUGAUUGGUUACCUACACUCUUCUCAGUGGCAGGAGGGCAAGAUGAAAGCUUGCCUGUGGACAUUGAUGGUGUCAACCAGUGGUCUGCACUCAGUGAAAAUGAACCAUCUGCCAGAUCCACAAUGGUGUACAACAUUGCUAAUGACACCAGCAGUCUGAAUGGAGUCUAUGGAUCUGUCAGAAUUGGGGACUACAAGCUUGUCAAAGGCUCCGUGAAUUUCUCCGAACCCCUCGACGGCUGGUACGGAGACCCAAACGUUGCCGAAUUGACGACCCAGGCCGACAAAGACCUCUACAACGCCACAGUGGACUACUUGAACACCUGGAACCUUGUGGGACCCAUCAUGGAUGCCUUGAACCUACUUCCGAAUGCCUCGAUUCAAGCAGUCAUGAAAAACGCUUCCGUCGUGAAAUGCCGACUUCCGAUCGCUGAUGUCAUCGUCUGUGAUCCCGAAGUCGAGCCUUGCGUUUUUCAUAUUGAAAAUGAUCCGUGUGAACAAGUGAAUUUAUUGUCAUCGGUUGUGAAACCCAGUAGUGAUGUGUUCCUCAAUAAUAAGGUGCGAGAAUGUUCCAUCGGCAGGGACUCGAUUUUUGACGAGUUGUUUGGGUUUUACGAUGAGGUCUUGGCAGCAUCCGGAAAGAGGAGGAAUAAGGAGUAUGACCCCGGAAGUAGUCCCAGGGGAAGCAGAGGCAGAGAGUUGAUAGAAGUGGCUGAGGAUGACCCAUCAUCAUCAGGCACCACCCCCAGCAAAAGCCAAGCUGUGAUGACAGCUAUUCCACAAUUGCCAUCAUGGUUGUGGAAAGGUGUCGCUGCCUGUCUGGGGAUCAGACUGAAGCCUGACCAGAAGCCUAUUCUUGCCACCAUCUUGUACAUGCUUGGGUUGUCAAGUGGUUUAUGUUACAUUGCAGCCAACUUCUGGUUCUCCAUCUUCAACACAGCUUCUCAGAAGACCAAGGAUGAUGUGGUGGAUGGAUUUGUGUCUGUGUUGGUCUCCAUGUCCUGGGUGGCCCUUGGGCUUUAUGCCAGGAGAUUGGCCCACAAGCUGCUCAACAGCAAGCUGAUUGUACCCCUCAUCAGACUGCAUGCAAGAACAGUUUUCAGGCUGAAUGCAGCCUUGGUCCUUGCAGCAUUGCUUUUAGCCUUUCUUAGUCUAUCUAUUCUCAGUGCUGCUGGGGUUUGGCAGGAUGUCACAUGCCAAACAGUUGAUGUCACUGUUGCACUGUGCAAGAUCAGGUUCUUGUCAAGACUGAUCUUCAGCAUGCUGUUUUUCUUGUGGAAUCUGUUGGUUGGAGUGGUCAUGAUUUCACUCUGCAGGACACAUACUCUGAACAUUAGAGCUGCCAUAGUUAUGCUUGAUGCAGACUCAGCCACAGAAUUGGAAGGUGAAACUGAAGCUAGGCCAAUUGGAAAGUGUGGGAGAGAAAGUUUCCUGAGACUGGAUGAAGAGUGGUCUUCAGAUGAGGAGAAAGAACAGCAACCACCUCCAAGCAGAGCUGUGAACCAAAGUAAGCUGACCACUGAGGAAAUCCUUAAUGAAUUCUGGAAAGUGUCAAGAGAGUUGCAUGUAUCAUCCCUCAUGUUCCAGCAAUGGCUCAUGUCAGUCAUUGGAUUGACCAUCUGUUGGACAGGCAUCCACUUGGUGUACUGGCUGAGACAUUCACCAUCAGUGUACCAACUUGGAGAGUUGUUCAUCCCUGUACUUUUGCUGCCUCUCCUGACAUCCAACUAUGCACAAGUCAAUACUGAAGCCUGCAGAAUGAUCAGGAGCAUCAGACCAACAAGAGAGCGAUUGAACAUCCUGCUGCACCUCAACUAUGCUCCACCACAAAUGACCAUCUAUGGGCACUGUUUGAGCUAUGGCACCAUUGUUACAGCAAUCUCUGCACUUCUCUUGGCAUUUUUCUCCAAGAUCCUCUUGAGUGAGAUAGCAGCUGCUAUCUAAUUGUGUAGUGAUUUAUACAUUCAUUCAUUAUUUUUGGUCUGAAAGGAAGCAAGUGUUUAUGUCAUUGUUUAGUAAAAUUGCGGCAUUGAUUUCUGCUAUGAUUUCAUCUGGAAUUCCAGAGAGGCGCACAUCCAGGG